UGACAUGUCAAGCGACGUUUUUGUUUCGCCCCGAUGAUCGCGCCGAUGUGAAAUGUUGGAGCCGCGGCUGCCGUGUGGGCGUCUUGCCCAUCGUUCCUGAGAGAGCCUAGUGAAGCAGCGUGCGUGCCGAUACGAUGCCCGGCAUAAUGAUGAGCGUCGACGAGUUCGUCUCCGAAACACUGGAGGACUACAACUCGCCCACCACGUCCACUUUCGUCGGCAAAAUGAACCACUGCCGCCAGAGCGUUAAUCUGCUCGAAGAGACGCUGGAUUUCGAUCGAGAUGGGCUGACAAAGAUGAAAAAAGCUGUGAAGGCAGUUUACAACAGUGGAAACACUCAUGUUGACAACGAAGUAUACCUUUCAAAGGCUCUUGAAAGGCUGGGUGCCAAUGCAGUCACGAAGGACCAAGAGCACGACAUUGGUGCCGCGUUCCUCAAAUUUUCGGUGGUGACAAAAGAACUUUCUGCACUUAUGAAAACACUGAUGCAAAGCUUACACAACAUUAUUAUGUUUCCCCUGGAUAAUUUGUUGAAAGGAGACUUGAAAGGCGUUAAGGGAGAUCUCAAGAGGCCAUUUGACAAAGCAUCUCGGGAUUAUGAAGCCAAAUCGUCUAAAAUAGAGAAGGAGAAAAAACAGCAGGCCAAAGAAGCUGGCUUAAUUCGGACGGAGAUAUCACCAGCUGAGAUUGCUGAUGAAAUGGAGAAGGAGAGGAAGAUGUUCCAGCUGCACAUGUGCGAGUACCUGAUCAAAGUGAAUGAAAUCAAGACCAAGAAGGGAGUGGAACUAUUGCAACACCUGGUAGAGUUCUACCAUGCGCAGAACAACUUCUUUCAGGAUGGACUCAAGACAAUUGGUCACUUUAACAAUUACAUCAUAGAACUCUCAAGCAAGCUGCAGAAGGUCAGGCAGAAGCAGGAUGAGGAGCGUAAGAAACUCAUUGAGCUUCGAAACACGCUAAGGAGUUCACCCUCCCUGGAUAUCAAAGAUGUUAGUUCAGUUGGCUACAGCUUACACCAGCCACAGGGAAACCAGCACUAUGGCUGCACAAAGGUGGGCUACUUGCUGAAGAAGUCUGAUGGGAAAAUGCGCCGUGUCUGGCAGAAAAGAAAGUGUGAAGUGAGGGAUGGAUACUUGUACAUAUCACACUCCGACGAAACAAAAUCGCCUACAAAGCUCAACCUUCUUACAUGCCAAGUGAAGGUAGGUUCACAAAGCCUUGUGUGCCCCAAUACACUUCAAUGUGCAACUCGCCCUCUUCCGCAGAGCCUACAAGAAGAGAAGCGUUCCUUUGACUUGAUAUCCUAUAACCGAACGUACCACUUUCAAGCUGACGAUGACUUGGAAAUGGAGGCGUGGAAAGCAGUGUUGGUGAACUGCAAAGAAGGAGCACUUCGCAAGGCAUUCACUGAACCAGGACAGGCUGGUGGGGGCACAGGGAAUCAGUCUCUCUUGGAGUUUCAGCAGUCCAUCAUAAGGCAGGUGCAGCAGCUGCCUGGGAAUGACCGCUGCUGCGACUGCAACUCAACCAAAGAUCCAACAUGGCUAUCGACGAACUUUGGAAUUUUGACCUGCAUUGAGUGUUCAGGAGUGCACCGGGAGCUCGGUGUACACAUCUCCAGGAUACAGUCGCUUACACUCGACAACUUGGGAACAUCACAACUGUUGCUUGCAAGGGUAAUGACAAACAAUGGUUUCAAUGAAACAAUGGAGGCAACCAUGACACAGUCCAGAAAACCGACCCCUACAAGUCCAAUGGAGGAGCGGUGUGAGUUCAUUCGGGCCAAGUACGUAGACCGCAAGUUUGCUGUGCGGACCUGCUCAGACGAGAAUGAUCUUCUGCAUGACUUGGAGCAUGCUGUGACGGCCAGGCACCUCUACCAGCUUCUACAGGCCUUUGCAGAAGGGGCCAUUCUCACGGCAGUGCUUCCAAAUUACAAAAAUACAGCAGACACUGCGCUUCAUGUGGCUGUUGCCCAGGAAGACGGCACCUCCCUUCACAUCGUGGACUUUCUGGUUCAAAAUAGCCCCUGCCUGGACAUCCAGAACAAGGCGGGUAACACUCCCGUGCACACCGCGGUGCUCCACAACCAGACGGAGUGCAUGAAGCUGCUGCUUCGCAGUGGGGCUGCCGUUGAUGUCAAGAACGCAGACAGCAAGAGCCCACUGGACCUGGCCAAAGAACGAGGUUACCACACAUGCCUCGAGCUGAUUGAGCAUGCACUGCAGAAUAAGAAAACGCUUUUCGAGAAUGUCAACAUUGACUGGGGUCUGACACAAGAUGAUGGGUCAACAGACUUCAGCGAUGAUGACUAUCCAGAAGAUCGCCUUACGUCAGACUGGAAGAGGUCCCGGCCUUCGAGCGUCAUCAGCAACGAGUCGACACGCCCGGAAUCUGCCAGUCCCCAGCCUUGUCCUAAGCCACCACCACCUCCACCCCAGAAUCGCAAGCCAGUCAUUCCAGGUCUAAAUGCACAUGGCUCCAUGAAGAAACGUGCGGCCCCGCUACCACCAUCGUCGACAGGCCUGCAGCCGUCUAGUCAUUCGCGCACUCCCUCCGACCCCUGUUUCUCUCAGAGUGCCCUCGGCCUGGUGCACAAGCGAAACCCCUCGAUGGACCUGGCCUCCAGCUCUUCCAUUGAUUCCUCUUUUGAUCAAGUCAGCUCGUCAAACCCCUCCACACUUGGAUCAAGUUCCUCCCGGCAAAACCUGUCCCAGGGAUCAGAUGUUCUGAAAGGAAUGGAGGAGCGGCCCAACUACAGCACCUUGCAGCGGCCCAAGUGUCCUCCACCUCCUGCUCCAGGGCCUGCCACCUCGUCGACUGCCUGCAACAGUGUCAGCAGCGGGGACCCCGUUGGCAGCAAUGAGCGUCUGCUGGAGGUGGGCGCUGCUGCAGCUGCCACAGCGGUGCCUGUGCCGCCACCACGGAAGGUGGGCCACGCCCUUGUUCACCUUUGGUACACUGGACUCUGUCCGAGGCCCUCUGCUGCCAAGACGCCCCCUGCAAGGAAACCUGUGGAUGGCCAGGGUGAUGAGCAGUGCCACAGUGAACACACCAGUGCCAAAGUGAGACGCCGGUGUCGUGCGCUGUACGACUGUUGUGCUGACCAGCAAGAUGAGCUGUCGUUCAGCGAAGGCGAAAUCAUCGUCAUCAUCAGCGAGAUCACCGAGGAUGACCAGUGGAUGGAAGGAAUGAUUGAAGGGGAGCCCGAGCGCAGGGGUGUUUUCCCCACCAGUUUUGUUCAUAUGUUGUCCGAUUAGUGAGAUUGGCACUGGCUGCCUAUGUUUGCGUAUAUACUACUACCCUUACAGCCUACACUGGUAAAAGGUUCACCUUUGUCCUGUUUCAUCACCGCUUUGCAUGUGUCUAAUUAGUGAUGUUGGUGAUGAAUGAGGUUUAUUAUUUUGAAAAGCUGAGCCCCUGUGCUGGGCCUCAGUGGCAAAGCUUGAGCAAAUUGGAUCACGAAAGAAAGUUUACCCUCAAUGCCAAUUAUGCCAAAGGCACAUUCUUGUUUCUGCCAUUUCUGUAAUUGUGAAAGAUUUUCUAUAAUAUAAACACACAGAUCUAUCAAUUUUUUAUUGAUGAGCUGUUAACACUUCCAAGUUUGCUCAUUUCAUCUCACAGAGAGACACUGUGUCGCCAUCUGCAGCACGAUAAAUUUGAAGAAUCUUUGUUCUGGGUUAAUUGCUUCACAUCAGUCAAUAUUUCUAUGACUUACUCCAAUGUUUUGGUUUGUUGAUGCAGCCCCAAAUACGUUGCGACUUUGUGAGGCAUGCCAGUUGCCUUGACAGUAAAAAGAAAUCAACAGUGUAUCAGUUCAGUGCCCUGAGCACACACGAGACAAAAACAGCGUACUCUAAAGAUCAAGGUGGCAGAAAUACUUGCAUCUCCACAUGUGUGGUUCGUGCUACAAAUGUGUCACACAACUUGGCUGUGUUUUGUCACGGGGGCACUCACUCGGGCAGUGAGUUGCACAGAGCAGUAAUAGUGCUACUGCCAAUCCAAAAACGCACUUCAGUGAAACAUCUCACCGAGUGCUUCAAUGGAAGGCCAAAACAGACGUGUGAUUGCUUGAAUGCAUGCACAGAGCACUUACUCGUAACUGCACACUUUGCAGAUGAGCACGUGGUCGUAAAAUGCCUUCGACCUUUUAUUGCAGUUGAUAAAGAUUUCGCAAGGUUACUUAGAUGCAUUGGGCUUAUGUGUUACAUUUGUAAACCACUGCCAGUCUUUUUAGGUUGGUGUACACCUUGACAUCGCGACACAUUUGUUCUCAGGCUGGUGUAAUGACAAGAGUACCUAUAGCAAUGACGGCAGUGGUUAAUAGACAACACAGGUAUCGGUGGGCACACUUUGAAAAGUGUGUGUUCUGCCAUCUUUGGAAUAUCAUUAUGUAAACUGCAUUUGUCUUUGAGAAUUGCUUUCUAUCUUGAAGUCACUUUUAGACAAACACCGAGCUGUGAGAAAUAUGUUCUUUGUAAGUGUUCAAUACAGUAAAUGUAAUGAUAAAAGUGGCCACAAUCUCGCCAUGUUAUACAAGCAGCAUGAAACAACGCAUGUUUUUGUGCCAACAACACUCAAGAACAAAGCAUAGUGUACAUAGUGUUGGCACUGUGAAGGUUGUGCCAAGGAAUCGUAGCGGUUCUGUAUAAUAAACUGCUCAAGGAGGCCUGUACAGGGUAGCAGACUAGAUGUUGUUGUGUAUUGUGCUCCCUUCUCCUCGCACCUUCACUGCCUUCUUAGCAUGGAAAUCUUGCCUUUACAACAGAGUUAGUGCAUUCAGAAUUCUUAAGGCACAUGUGAGAACGAUUGUUGUAUUCAUGUGGCAGAUAACUUAACAAGUGGGAGUGUAGUUCUGUGCUUGAUUUUGCAUCAGCGCUCCUCAGGUCCUAAAAGUUGUGCUUUUCAUCAGUUGCACAAAAAAAAGAAUGGUUGUUACAAGAUUAGCACUGUUCUGAUCAGUGAGAUUUUACUGCAGAGCCAGUGCAUUUGUCGUCAAAGAAAUGUCAUACUUAGCAAGGUUGAGUGCACACUUGUUAUUGAUACCCCCCCACUGGCUGCAGAAGGGCCAAAGGAAAAACAGCUGUAGUAGUGGGUUUAUGUACUUUGUUCAUUGCAAGAUUUAUAAGUCCAUCUGUGAGCUCUGAACUUAAUAUUAUUUGUACUCUUGAUCUGUCUGCAUAGCAAGGCAAUUGAGUUUUUGGAGCAUUGCGGUUGGAAGCUUUAUUAAGAGCUGCUGCUGCUGCUUUUUCAUGGCAGGCGCAUGUGUUGCAGCCUUACUGCUUGUUUCAAGCAAGCCGAAAAUUUGCUUAAGCUAGCUCAGUGUUAAGGUUGAGCACUAGUAAGCUGUCGGGUCACUAACCAAGUUCACUUUUACCAUUUUUUUUUCUCUAUAACACUUUCCAAUUGUAGUGCAAGUGAUGACUUGUUAAAAGCUGUGAUGCAAGUACAAGUAUGAAACAUUCUAGUCUGAAGAUGUAUGUGGCAUGUUGUUUUCCUCAUAUAUAAUAUAUAUCAUACAAUGAAUGCUACUGCCAAACUGAUUUUAUAUAUGCACACCUAGUGAGGGGCUUGUACAUAAAAACCCUGUGUUAACUCCUGUGAGAGAGAACUUGAAGGUUUGCACUUUUUCACUGCAAGGCAUUUGUAUACAUUUGAUGUGAACAGCCUGUGUGGCACUUAAUUGUCCUGCUGCUUCAGGGAGCUGUGAUGCCAAACCACAGCUCAGUGUUUCCUUACAUUCAGUACUGUGCGUGUGUGUGCGAGUCCACAUGAAUCUGGUCCUUGAAAUGUGCUUUUUAUUUCUGCCCCUGCUGAAUGUUAGCGUAAGAGUGUUGUCUGAUCUAUGCUAUGUAAUUGUGAAUUUACAAUAAAUCUGGAAAAGCUCGUG